UCUCUCUAAGUUUGCACUUUCCUUCGUCUUCUCUUCCCCUAGAUUCUCUCAUCCUUCUCUCUCCGUGACUGUCAACGAUCAUAUUCAUAGUACAUUGAUGAUAACUCUCAUCUCAGACUGCAUGCAUCUUGCUUCUGGAAACUUUUCUUCCAUAUAAAUUUACUCUGCCCGCUAAAUGUGUACUAGCCCCCUUCCUUUAAUCCCUACGGCACCAGAAACUGUCCUGGUUCCUAGCUAGCCUCCUCCCUGCCAGCCGCAGAAAUACUGUUCUGUUUACUCGUUGUUUUUUUACCGUUGACUGGCUUUUGGUAACGCUCAAGUCUGCAGGUUGAGAACUGCGAGGUCGUCGUCGCUGAGAGGUUCAGUGAAAGAGUUCAAAGCAGACAAUGGCUCGGGCUACUAACUGGCUAUCGUUUUCGUUGUCGCCCAUGGAAAUGCUGAGGUCUACCAACUCGCAGUAUCUUCAAUACGAUGGUGCUUCUGCUGCUCCUCACUACUUGGUCGAUAACUUCUAUACCAACGGAUGGGCAAACCCCAAGCCCCAGGUUCUCUACACACAAGGAGAGCUUAGCGAGAAUAAAGAAAGUGAAGCUGCACACAAUAUGGUGGAAUCAUCAUUUGCCCCAGGUUUCAUGGAACCCCAGGAUCAGGGCCAGCCAGUGCCAAAACUCGAGGAUUUUCUGGGUGAUUCUUCGUCGUCUAUUAUGCGUUACUCUGACAGCCAAACGGAUACUCAGGAUUCGUCGACCCUGACCCAUAUAUACGACCAGGGCUCGGCUUACUUCGGCGACCAGCAGGAUCUGAAAGCCAUCGCUGGGUUCCAAGCUUUCUCAACCAACUCGGGCUCCGAAGUGGAUGACUCGACCUCCAUCGGCAAAACUCAGGCCGCCGGUGGCGAGUUCCCGGCUCACUCGAUUGAGUCGUCCGGGAAUGAGCUGGCCUUCUCAAGUGGCACCACGGGAACUUUAUCCCUCGGCGUCACCCCCCAGUGUGCCGAUCAGAAAGCCAUUGUCCCGGACUCCGAUAGCUCCAAGAAGAUGGCCGAUACUUUCGGCCAAAGAACUUCGAUUUACAGAGGAGUCACCAGACACCGAUGGACGGGUAGAUAUGAAGCGCAUCUCUGGGAUAACAGCUGUCGAAGAGAGGGUCAGGCCAGGAAAGGGCGUCAAGUGUAUUUGGGUGGAUAUGACAAAGAAGACAAGGCCGCGAGAGCUUAUGAUUUGGCAGCUCUAAAGUACUGGGGCCCCACUGCUACCACCAACUUCCCUGUUUCCAGUUAUGCAAAGGAGAUGGAGGAGAUGAAGCAUGUAACAAAGCAAGAGUUUAUUGCCUCACUGCGAAGAAAAAGUAGCGGGUUUUCUAGGGGAGCGUCUAUAUACAGGGGCGUGACGAGGCAUCACCAACAAGGUAGAUGGCAAGCUAGGAUUGGCCGUGUUGCAGGGAACAAGGAUCUGUACCUUGGAACAUUUGCCACUGAAGAGGAAGCGGCAGAGGCAUAUGAUAUUGCAGCCAUAAAGUUUAGGGGUGCAAAUGCUGUGACCAACUUUGAGAUGAGUAGAUAUGACGUUGAGGCCAUCAUGAAUAGUUCUCUUCCCAUUGGCGGGGCAGCGAAACGCUUGAAGCUUUCGCUCGAAUCCGAGCAGAAAGCGACUCUGAACAAUAAUAGCCAGCAAAUCCAAUGCACCAACAUGAGUAACAGCAUCAACUUCUCACCAAUCCAGGCAGUUUCCUCUGUCCCUAGUGCAAUCCCAUUUUAUCCUGCUACUGCAUACUAUCACCACAACCUCUUGAACGAUUUUCACCCUUCUGACGCCGGGGCUGCAGAAUCUGCUGUAUCUAAUCCUUCUGUAACUCCUUAUCCUACUGCCCUGCCUGCACCUUCUGAGUUCUUUAUAUGGCCUCCUCAUCAGUCAUACUGACUUGUGAUCAAGGAGUGGUCAUCUUAUCUCCAGCUAAUUUUCUGCUUUCUGUUAACAAAGCAAAAGCUAUAAUAGUCUCUCGCACAAUUCAGCUGACCCCCUCUAAUUCAUCUUUUUACUUGGAAGAAAGAAAGGUUAGGAGGUUUUUGUGUUUCCCCUGAAAAGGCUAGGAGUUUUAGUUACUGUAGGAAGCUGGAUUAUGUAAAGUAACUUCUCCAAGAUGGGAAAAAUUGAGUUGUAGUGUUGCACAAGUACUCAUGAAUGCUUAACUCGCUGAUGCUUGUGGUAUGAUCUCCUUAUAAUAUUUUUAUAUAUUUACAUAACAUUUGCUUAACAUGCAGAUC